GCGACCAAAGAUGGGGCGGGAGGAGUCAGGGUGUAUGUGUUUUGUUUCUUCCUGCAAGACCCCAACAAACCACUACACCCAAGAGCAGGGCAAAACCAAGCAGAGGCCACAGCACGGCGGCCGCUGCGUGGGCCGCCCUCCUUGUUGGUUGUUUGCCAGGACUGCGGAGGCUGUGUGUUGGGAAAUGGUCGUCAGUUGAAGAAACUUGUCUCGCCGCCUUGCAGUUUCUCUGAUCCUUUUACCUUUCCUUGGCAUGAGGGAAGUUGUAUUUCGAAUAUUUAGGCCUUCGCAGCCAGCGGUUCUUGGUUCCCAUACUGGGACUGAUAAGCAGUUCUUUCUAUCGGAAAAGCAUGGGUUUUCUGUGCCGCGGCGUUUUCUUUUCCUAUAUGGAAAAAGGGAAAAGUCUUUAAAAUUCUUUUCAAGUUCUGGCUUAAUUUGUUCUCUUAGUUUGGGAUGCAGGGAGGUAAUUACUGUGGUUUAUUACCUUGUAAAAGAUCCAUAAAUUACGUGCCUAUUUGGGGGAGGGGGCUGCUGAUAUAGCUUUCAGAAGCUUGGUAAAGAGAGUAUGAAGGAAUGGGUUUGCUUUGUUCUUUCAGGAAUUGGUCAUUUUUAAAAAGUUUUCUGAGAUUUUGUUUUCUAGUCACUAGGCUUCAGUCUUCCCUAAAAUUAUCUCCCCAAAUAGCAGGUUAAGUAAUUGCAACAUGCUAUUCAAUGGUGCUCUAAGGGUGAUAGGGUGUUCUGGAUACAAUUCUUUUUUAUCAGAUAGGAAGUAAACAGAGUAAUAGUAAAACUGGCUUACUUUCCAAGCUACUGUCUGUCUGUUUAUAUCAAGUAUAGAUGAGCAUUUCUGGAAUUUGCAACUUAGUGUGUAUAUAUGAUUUGCAUUUCUGCAAAACAGCAGAACCAUUGCACAUAUAAAUAGCUGCAGGAGUUUGGGGCCAUGUGUAUAAAAUGAUAUACACUUCCACAUGUGACCAGAGAACUUGGAGCUCAUUUGCACUUAAGUUGCACCCAUCGGAAAUAUCUUAUGUUAAGUAAUGGAUCUAUCACCUCCACAAAAAAAGUGGGCUAAGAGGGCCUUACCUGAUGCUUAGUAGAAAAACCAGUAGAGUUAACUAAAGGGAGAAAAAUGUUGUGUAUUUUUGAUAGAGAAAUCAGAUUGCAGUGUUUGAGUACAGAUAUAUCUAAUCUGCCAACAGCUUUGCAAAUAUUGACUAAAGGUCUGUAUCCUUGGUUGCCUGCUCCUUCCAAGCCAAUUUUCUCCCUCUUAUGGCUCUGGUGGCCUGGAUCCACGGCAUGUCUCCCCAGCCCUGGCAAGACUAGCGGCUGGUGGUGUGAGUAGAGGGGUACUGGCAGCUGUGUUUCCCAGCACUCUAUUCUUAUUCUCUGGAACUGAAUUUUUAAAAGUCCACAGCCUUGCUCCAGCAAAGUGGAUUUGGGAGUGGUGAAGGAGGAGGACUCUCAGCUGCAGGUUCCCAGGGGAGAAGAGAGGGGAGGAUUCAUGCACAGCCUCCUGCAGCUGCUACAAGUGAGUUCUCACACUUAGAGAGCCAUAGCCGGCUGAAGAUCCACUCUAGAGGAACAAAAGAAUAUGGCAUGGGAAUUUCAUGGACCUCAGAGUACUUCCAGAGUUCAGAAACUAAGACCUAAAAUAGAGGAACUCUUUAGGCAACUUGUGAGGUGGUGAAGUGUUGAGAUCAGGGGGUAUUGUCACCAAGCAGUAGGGCUGGGACCUGAGACAGAGGACUUAUUAUUUUCAUCUAGGUUCCUCCUGAGAAGAGGUGCUCCAGUUCAACUUCUGCUGGUGGAUUUGGAGUUGGGAGGGUUGAGAGACCUGCCUGCAGAGAGGGUCCUGGGUUGCCCUGAAGGUUAACUGAAGGGAUGCCAAUGAAAGGUGAUUUUUUUUUCUCUUGUGGAGACAAUUAGAUCAUUUCCCCUUACAUUUUCCAUCUUUAGAAGCCUAUAAUUUCAUGUAUCACUCUGCUAUGCUCUGAGGAAAUGCAUAAGUGCUGGUUUGGCCAGGGCACUGGGUCCCUUCAGUUUUGCAAAAUCCUGACCCUUCACUCUGGAGCCAGGCACGUUCUGCUUAGUGGACUCCCAUCAACCAAAAUCAGCUGGACUUGGAGGAGGUGUUUCAGCCUUUUGUCAGGUCUGCGCUGGGCGGCCAUUGGCGGCGGAGCGUCACGUGACCGCGGGGGCGUGCCAAUGUGCGCCCUCACGGGUGUCAAGCCCCUGUUUGAGUGUGCGAUCAAGAUUGUGAAACAACGCGAUGCAAAAAGCGACCUACUACGACAGUUCGGCGAUCUACGGUGGCUACCCCUACCAGGCAGCCAACGGGUUCGCUUAUAAUGCCAGUCAGCAACCGUACCCGGCGUCGGUCGCUCUGGGCGCGGACGGCGAGUACCACCGACCUGCCUGCUCACUCCAGUCGCCCGCGAGCGCCGGGGGCCAUCCCAAGGCGCACGAGCUGAGCGAAGCGUGUUUGCGCACCCUGAGCGGGGGCCCGCCCAGCCAGCCCCCAGGCCUGGGCGAGCCGCCUCUGCCCCCGCCACAGUCCCAGGCCGCACCCCCCGCCCCACAGCCGCCGCAGCCCCCUCCGCAGCCCCCAGCUCCCACCCCUGCCGGUGCCCCGCCCCCAGCUUCGGUCUCCCCACCUCAGAAUGCCAGCAGCAAUCCCGCCCCUGCCAACGCGGCCAAGAGCCCCCUGCUCAACUCGCCCACGGUAGCCAAACAAAUCUUCCCCUGGAUGAAGGAGUCGCGGCAAAACACAAAGCAGAAAACCAGCGGCUCCAGCUCAGGCGAGAGCUGCGCGGGGGACAAGAGCCCACCCGGGCAGGCGUCGUCCAAGCGGGCGCGCACGGCCUACACGAGUGCGCAGCUGGUGGAGCUGGAGAAGGAGUUCCACUUCAACCGAUACCUGUGUCGGCCGCGCCGGGUGGAGAUGGCCAACCUGCUGAACCUCACUGAACGCCAGAUCAAGAUCUGGUUCCAAAACCGCCGCAUGAAGUACAAGAAGGAUCAGAAGGGCAAGGGCAUGCUGACAUCGUCGGGGGGCCAGUCCCCUAGUCGCAGCCCAGUGCCUCCCGGCCCCGGCGGCUAUCUGAACUCUAUGCAUUCGCUGGUCAACAGCGUCCCGUACGAGCCCCAGUCGCCUCCGCCCUUCUCCAAGCCCCACCAAGGCGCCUACGGGCUGCCGCCCGCCUCCUAUCCCGCGCCACUGCCCAGCUGCGCGCCCCCGCCGCCCCCACAGAAGCGCUACACCACGGCGGGGUCGGGUGCGGGGGGCACUCCCGACUAUGACCCGCACGCGCAUGGUCUGCAGGGCAACGGCAGCUAUGGGACUCCACACCUACAGGGAAGCCCCGUCUUCGUGGGGGGCAGCUAUGUGGAGCCCAUGAGCAACUCCGGGCCGGCCCUCUUUGGCCUAACUCACCUCCCCCAUGCCGCCUCCGCCACCAUGGACUAUGCGGGCGCUGGGCCGCUGGGUAGCGGCCACCACCACGGCACUGGGCCAGGGGAGUCACAUCCCACCUACACGGACCUUACCGCCCAUCAUCCUUCUCAGGGAAGAAUUCAGGAAGCGCCCAAGCUCACCCACCUGUGAUGGUGGGCUCGGGGCUGCGCGCCAGGAGAGUACCCCAGACCUUUCUUCUUCGGUUACUUUUUUUUUGGGGGGGGGAUACAGUUUUUCCUGCCCCUCCCUUUUCCUCUCCGCCCCCCCUUUUCUACUCCCCCCCGCCCCAUUUUGUUUUGUUUGGUAAGGCGUUUUUAUAGUUUAUGUGACGUAGCAAUCUUGGUUGCUGGAAUGGCUGUCAGUAUCAAUAGCGAUAUUUAUCUCCUCCCUCCCCUCGCUGGCCGCUGGCCCUGCACCCUUUACCUUCUCCAAUCUUUGAUCAGAAACAGGGUAUAUGAACAAAUUUUCUAGCUGAGUUCUUUCAAUGUGAAUUUGUUCGUACAUUAUGGCUCCCGAGGGGAAGCGAUUACUUUUUAAGUUUUUUUUUUAAUUGCACUUCUUAGCGAGAAAAAAAUCAAAGGCGCUUUGAAACAGGGGCUCCCUGUGCAAGGAUGACUAAGUGUACGUCUUUCCGUGUGUGUAUGCUGGUGAACAGUCAGAUUUAUUUAUAUUUUUUUGCAAGCAUUGAAUAAUCUAAGUUUUAAAUAUUAUUUAUCCCCAUCCGUUUGUAUUUAUAUUAAAGAAAUUCUGUACCCUGAUUGUUCAGAAGGUUUCUUGGGCCUUUUGUUCAAUGGUAUAUUGGCAUACGUAGAAAAAAAUAUUUGAAAAGGAAAUAUAAUUCCUUUAUAAAAACAAUAAUGAUGCAAUAAAACCAGAGAGGAUCCAGAUUUUGAAAACAGUGAUUUAGGUUUGUAACAUCCGGUGAAACUGAAAGAAUAAUCUGUAAACGCGAAAAAUACUAGAUGUUUUCAGAGUUCUACAUUCCUUGCUGCUCACGUUCUGAGAAAUAAAACAAAAA